AUGUAUUUCAGUCUCGCUAAAGCAUUCGCCCUUGCCCUGGUGGCCGGCACCACACUCAUUAAUUGCGAACCAACUCGGGGGUCUGCUUCGAUCGAAAAGCGACAUCUCGGCGGCUUUACGUCUCUGGCCAGACGCCCUCUCGAUGUGCCUAUCGUCCGCUCUGCCAACAUUGAAGCUCGGGAAGUGUCCUCUGACACAACUGCUGCUUCCACCACGGAGGAUGCUGCAGCAGGUGCUACCAGUGCUGAGAAUACGGCCCAAGGAGGGCAGACUAAGAAGGACAAGGACAAGAAGCACAAGCACGACAAGGAUAAGGACAAGAAGGACAAGGAUAAGAAGCAUAAGAAUAAGGACAAGAACAAGAACAAGGAUGGCAAGGGAACAGGUCGAGGCACCAACACUGGUGGCGGUAGCGCAGAAAGGACAACCAGGUAG